AUGCCCUGCACAAGCAGCACUGGUAGUUCAGUCGCAUCAGGGAGUACUGGGUCUUUCAAGAGUCUAAGUGUUUCACCCCAGUUGCCUCUCACAUCUGAGGCACCUAAUAGCUCUCCCCUUUUGAAGAGCAGCUUAAGAGCUAGUGUUUCAUUGCCUCCCACAACUGAGGCGCCUAGUAGCUCUCCCAUUUUGAAGGGUCACUCUUUCAGUGUAAGAGCUAGUUCUCCAGUGACCCCAAACAAGCAUAAUAGUGUUUCACUGCCUCCCACAUCUGAGGUGCUUGAUAGCUCUCCCAUUGUGAAGAGUCAUGCCUCCUGCUUGAGGACUGGUUUCCCAGUGACCCCAGUCAAGACUAGAGUAUCCACUGUUGGAUCACUGGCUCCCAUGCACGAGGUGCCAGCUAGCUCUCCCAUCCCAGGGAGUAGUUGCCCAAUACCAAGUAGCUCCCCCAUCCUGAGGGGUAGAUCUCCCACUGUGAAUGUUCUACCCCUCUUGCCCACCAUGUCGGAUGAGGGUAGCACUACAGUAGCUCACACAUAUAGCCCUCACAAGAGGCCACACCAGUACAGCUUGCUGCUGGCUGCCGAUGGACUCACGGACCACGAGAAUUUUCCCAUGAAGAAACCUAGGCUGUUGCUCACAACCAUAUGUUACCCUCACCUGAAUAUGUGCAUGCUUGAGCUCUCUUGUAUCAGCCAUCAGACCUUUGCCACCAAGAUGGAAUAUCAGCGCCUACACGCUGAAGAACUAGAACUAAUCGUGUCUCUGAUGAAAGAUGAAAUGGAGGAGUCCCAGGUGCAUGUGGCAAGGGCUGAUUUGCAGAUAGGCUUGCUCUGGAACAGCCUGCAUGAUGCGGGUGUGGCUGUGAUAUGGAAUAAAGGGAGAAAAGAUGCCAAGAAGGAGAUUGGAUAUAGCAGGAUGUUCCCUCAUUGUGGAGACCAUGAAGUUGAUGACAAUGGUGACUCAUGGGAUUCUUCAGUUUCUUCUGGAUGUAAUGGCAGUGUCGAUGAUAAGUUGCAGGCAAGUGGGGAGUCAUAUUACUCACAGGCAGCUCCACUAUUAAAUCCCUGA